AUGGACAACGUCUCAUCUUUGGAGUGCCUGAAAUUCGAUUCCCAGUCGAAGGUGCUCUGUAAGGACAGCGGCGGAGAGGACCUUUUAUCGUCAACUAUGGUCCCCAUCAACUGCGAUACGCCAAUAACCUGGAGCGAGGCUUAUGAAUUGGAGGCUGAUGAUUCCGAGACUGAUGAUUUCGAGACUGAUGAAUCCGAGGUUGAUGAAUCCGAGGCUGACGUAUUUGAAACUGAUGAAUGUGAGACUGAUUAUUCGGAUACUGAUGAUUCGGAGACUGAUGAUUCAGAGACUGAAAAACUUAUUAGUGGGUGA